GCCACCAUCCCCCCCGCCACCAUCCCCCCUGUGAGAAGCCAUGAAUCCCAACUGCGCUCGCUGCGGGAAGAUCGUCUACCCCACCGAGAAGGUGAACUGCUUGGAUAAGUUCUGGCAUAAAGCAUGUUUCCACUGCGAGACCUGCAAGAUGACCCUGAACAUGAAAAACUACAAGGGCUACGAGAAGAAGCCGUAUUGCAACGCACACUACCCGAAGCAGUCCUUCACCAUGGUGGCAGACACUCCCGAGAACCUGCGCCUAAAGCAGCAGAGCGAGCUUCAGAGCCAGAUUCGCUACAAGGAGGAAUUUGAGAAGAACAAGGGGAAAGGCUUCAGCGUGGUGGCUGACACCCCGGAGCUGCAGAGAAUCAAGAAGACUCAGGAUCAGAUCAGCAACAUAAAAUACCACGAAGAAUUCGAGAGGAGCAGGAUGGGCCCGAGUCCCAGCGAGGGCGCCGAGCCGGAGCGCAGGAACUCCCAGGAGAGCAGCAAUUACCGCAGACCCGCGGAGCAGCAGCAGCAGCCGCCUCACCACGUCCAGCCCAGCAACCCAGUCUACCAGCAGCAGCAGCAGCAGCCACCAUCGUCUCAGUCCUACGGCUACAAGGAGCCCGCGGCACCAGCCUCGACGCAGCGCAACGCUCCUUCUGCAGGGGGGAAGCGUUUCCGCGCCGUCUACGAUUAUAACGCGGCCGACGAAGACGAGGUCUCCUUCCAGGACGGCGACACCAUCAUCAACGUGCAGCAGAUCGAUGAUGGAUGGAUGUACGGCACGGUGGAGCGCACGGGCGACACGGGCAUGCUCCCUGCCAACUACGUGGAGGCCAUCUGAGCCGCGGGAGGGGACGGGGCGCGUGGCCGACGGCCGAGCCCCCCCCCCGUGUGUGUGUGUGUGUGCGCGUGUCUCUCUCUGCCCCAGCAUCCCUUAUCCCGCGUGCUCUGCCGGCGCCCGCCGGAGCCGCGUCCUGACAUCUCGGUUACUCUGUGUUUCUGCAGCCGCCUCCGGUUUCUCUUGCCAAUUUAGCUUUGUUCUAGCUCUGUCGGGACUGAGGGACUAUCCGCAAGGGAUGGUGGGGGCUCGAGAGACCAAAACGCUGCAGCUUUCCUUCUCCUUCGGUCUCCCUCCUCUCUAGCCCUCUCGGCGUUUCCUGGCUGGGGGAAGCAGCCGGAGUCGCCGGGACGCCCGCAAAGGGAGGGGGAGACCAUCUGUUAGGACCAAAUUCCCCCAGCGCUGGCGGGGAUGGGCAGAGGGCGGCGAUGUCUGCGCGACGAGGUGAGGGAUGCUCGUCCCCAGGGCAUCCCUGACGGGAGGGACGGGCCCUGCAUCGCUCUGGCUCAUCCCGUUGCUUCUCCCGGCUCCUCUGCGCGGCGUUUCCAUUCAGUCUUUGUUCCCUUCAGUCCUCGAGACAGAAAAACAUUCGCAGUUAAAAUCUUAAAAUCUUUCUUUCUCCUUGGGAUUCAGAGCGGCUGCUCUGGACAGCCCUGGAAGCGGCUCUUGCUGCUUCUCCCUCGGGCUCUGGCUGCCUCUUCCCACCUCCCCCGUCCCCCCGGGGCCACGCCGGGGCUCUGCUGCUGCCAGCAAAGGAGUAGCCGCCGCCUGGCUUCACCCGGAGGCUGCCGCUCCCGCUCGAGGGCUGGAGAUGGGCCGGGCUCCCCGCUCCCCGGCGCUGGGGGGGAGGCACUGCCACACCGAGACCUCACGUCCCCCCCGGCAGCUCCGGCUUUCUGCCUCUGGGCCAGGGUCUGGGCGUCCCCUGGGCCCCACGCGCCGGGGCAGCCUCUUCCUCUUGGCAGCGGUCGCUCCCCACGUUCACCCAGAAUCUUCCUGCCUUUCUCUUGCCGCUUGCGGGGCUUUAGGGACCCUCCUGCGCCCUCCACCUGCCGGGUAGACUGUGGGGGGAGCUGGCGGGAUCAGCCCCCAUCCCUGCGCCUAUUCUGAGCCACGUGUGAAAGAUCCUCCCCCCGCUGCCACCGCGCUGGGCGACGUCCUGGGUGACUGUCCCCUCCGGCAGCUCGGCCGCGAGUGGCAGAGCCCAGGCUUUGGCACCCUGGGCCACCCUGCACCUCUCGCUGGUCCCCCGCGGCGGUGGCUUUUGGGGCCAGCGCCGAGUUGGGAUCACGUCGUGGACCAAAAUCUCAAAGCACAUCCCUGUCCCCUUCCCUUUUGGGCUCCCAAGGUCCCAGAGCUGGGCGGGGGCAGGUGUAACUGGAAGCCUGUGCGGGAUGGCAGGAGCGGGAUGCUCGGAGAUGCUGGGCGUUGGACAGCAGUGACGCCUUCGUGCUGCCUCCGGCAUUCCCACUGCCCCACGCCACAGCCACCGGGCCACCGGAGGGGACCAUCCCCGUGCCGGCCUGCUGGGGGGGCUUUGGCUGUGCCGCACCAUGGGGCUAGGAUGCUUCCAAGGGGAAGCUGCUGCCGUUGCCAUUCCCAAGGGAAAAGAGGGAAUCUAGGGACCAAAGCGGCCGAGUUGAGACAUUCCUUGGCUCUCCUGGGGGACGUGUCUUUGGGGACGGUCUCAUGGAGGGGGAGAGGGUCCCACCGCCUUGUGCUUGCCGUCCCCUUUCUCAAAACGCUGGGGGCUGUGGGGCUGGUUGGUGGCCGGUGCCGGGGUUGGGGUGGCCGGAGUCGGGGGCUGCUGGAGCCAACGCUGUUCUGGUGGUGGUGGGGGGGUUGUCCUGGCAGGGCAGAGACCCCCCCCAGGGAUGGCAUGACCGGGGGAGAGGGGAGCGUUUUGCUCCUGGCUCGUUCCCCAGGUGGCUCGUUCCUGGCUCGUUCCCCAGGUGGGACGGGAGAGGGGGGAGUGUGAUGGGGAUUCUGGCACCGUCCUCCCCUUUGGGUGAAAAGGGGCCCCCAGGAGCAGCCAGGGUGGGCUUCACGGGAUGGGAAUCCCGGUUGGUGCUAAAACGAGCGAGCACAAGAGCAGGGGAGAGGGGGCGGCCGGGCAGGGGGGGGUCUUCGUCCGCCUGCUCAUCCUCUUCUUAAUCACGUUCUUGUCUGGGAGGCGGGGGCGGGGAGUCUCAAUGUGAAUAAACCAUUUUUUUAAUGGACCAAAUAACACAGGCAGUUACGUUUUGGUAUACAGACCUUUUUUUAAUGCUACCUUGAAACCAUUGUCCUAAUUCUCCCCUCCCGCACCCUGCCCCUUCUCCCCUGCCAUGGGAAACAAACCUCUUACUGCUUGAUUUCUGCCUUUUCUCUCGACUUAUGCACUUUUUUGCCUUUUUUCAUAGCUGAAAAGCACCUAAACCUGUAUUUAAAAUAAAUAAAUAAAUAAAAUAGUAAAAAAAAAAAAAAAAAAGGAAAAAUUAAAAGCUAAAUUGCUUCUCAUCACGUGUAAAAUAGACCUCGUCCAUCCCAGCUUCCCCGGUUGCGUCUCGGUGCUGAGCUUAGAACGUGUUUUCUUCCGGAUCCGUCGCUUGAUUGGGGUUUGUCCUUGUGUACUCCUUCCCGUCGGGUUGAGCACCCACCAAUAAAAAAAAAAUAAAAGCAUUAUUUGGCCUUUUUAACCCAACCAUCGAAUGGAACAAACCAACCGAUUCUCUUCCUGGUUUACUCGAAUUAAAAAUAAAAGUAUAAUUUUUACC